GCAACCGCCCAGUUUCCGUUUGCAUGGCUUGAUUAGCCUACUAGGUAGAGGAUGAAUAGUGACGUCCCAGGCAAUAUUCAUCAUUGCCUCAGAUGUUCAUUUCGGCUAGCGCGUCCAGUAACGUAAACCUCGAAUAAAUAUCUGUAGAAUAACACAAACGAGCAAUAGCUGACUGGAAUCGAUUGGUCUUUUAGGCUACGGGUACCCUAUCCCUUUUGAAACCUACAUAGACAAUCUUUUUGGGGGAACUCAGCAGCAACAUAAAUGGAUUUAUACGGGAAGAUGGCUGCGACGCAAGAUGGGAAGCAAGAAGGCUCUGAUCAGAACUUCGAUUACAUGUUUAAAUUAUUAAUCAUAGGAAAUAGCAGCGUUGGGAAAACGUCUUUUCUUUUUCGCUACGCUGACGACGCAUUCACGUCAGCCUUUGUCAGCACCGUGGGGAUAGACUUUAAAGUGAAAACCGUCUACAAGAAUGAGAAGAGGAUCAAACUACAGAUCUGGGAUACGGCUGGCCAGGAGAGGUAUAGGACCAUCACAACGGCCUACUACCGCGGCGCCAUGGGCUUCAUCCUCAUGUAUGACAUCACCAACGAGGAGUCCUUCGCUUGCGUUCAGGACUGGUCAACCCAAAUCAAGACAUACUCGUGGGACAAUGCCCAAGUGGUUCUGGUGGCGAAUAAGUGUGACAUGGCGGAUGAGAGAGUGGUGUCUGUAGACAGUGGACGGCUGCUGGCAGAACAAUUGGGGUUUGAGUUCUUUGAGGCCAGCGCCAAGGAGAACAUCCACGUCAAGCAGACCUUCGAGAAGCUGGUGGACAUCAUCUGUGACAAGAUGUCCGAGAGCCUGGACACCGACCCCGCGCUGACCUCUGGCUCGCCGGCCACCAAGCUGACGGACAACCCCCCACCCCCCCAGCAGCCCAACUGCGGCUGUUAAUGGCCGACCAUCCAGCCGUCACAGUGGAGGGGAAUUCAGUGUAUCAGUUUGUCAUCUAAAAAUACAAGUCUAUUUCACCCUCAGUGACAUGCAGUAGCCAGUAGCUUGAAUUCCACGCACGCACAUUCCUCUCCCACUAGUGCCAAAAUGUUACUUUGGAUAGGUUUUAGAAGAAAAAUGUACGUUCUAAAGGACAGCUUGUGUCAGGCAUAGUUUGUGCCUUUAACAGUAAAAUAUAACCAUAAGGUUUAUUCACUCACCACUAGUCAGGAUUAGUCAGAGACGAACUAUUAGGAGUUUGUGUACCUUUGCAGAAAUGGCAAACUGCAUUUUCUUUUCAUUGCAUUUUCAGUACUUGGGUCCACACAACAUUACCGACCUGUAUAUUACAUCACUGACCUUUAUUCUCUGCGCUGCCUGGCUUCAGCGCUUACUGGUGAAGUUCCUUCAUAAUUGCUUCACUGUAACACUGUAAAUGUUUUAGAGAUCUGUCUGGAGGUCAGGUCAGAGUCCAUUUGAAAGCAUAUUAGUCCUCAUGUUUAUGAAAGAGAGUGCUUCACGAAGAAGGGCACUGGACUUAUGACUGGAGCCUUUUUUGGACAGGACACAAUGGUGUCAUUCCCAUACACAUAGACUGUUAGUUAACUAUUACAUUUAAACCAAUCAAAACAUGACUUUCAGAUACAUGUUCAGAGAUGACCCUUGUAACAUCCCUUUAUCGUGAUUAUAUUCAGUGUCGAAUGCACCUUUCUGUGACUAUCCUGAUGCUGUAUCAGCCAUUUUAGUUUCACAUGGAGCAUUCUAACAGUACCAUCUGAUGCUAUUGUUGUUAGCACUAGUCCCAUGUGUCUCAGGGGUGGACAUCUAUUAUUGUGUGAAUAUUGAUAUGUGCUUAUUUAUGUACUCAAAUAAUAUAUACGCUCGUACAUUUUCAUGAGGAUGGCAAAUGGUGCAGGUGUGUAGUAUGUAUGUAUUUGUAGUUAUAUUUUCCCUCUAUUUUCUAGAUUUGCUCACAACCUGUAGUGUGUAUGUUUGAGAAGGAGUUACCCAAUCUUUCAAUCGACCCUGCCAAUCCUGACCCAUGUUAACAAGAGUAUAAUCCUAAACCACCGUACAUUUGCUCACUGAAUAAAUGUCUCUGUGAGAGUGUU